AUGACGCCGAUGGUCAGAACGCAUCUAAUCGUCAACUGCGUCCUCGUUUUCUUCACUCUCUCGGCAGUCUUUCUUCGCCUCUACUCGCGGUUCAAGACGUUGGCAUUUCUAUGGGUGGACGACUAUCUCAUCAUCCUGGCCAUGCCUCUGGGCAUCACCAUGCUUGCAAUACAAGGACUAUAUGCCCCAUUGGGAGUUGGUCACCCCGUCGAAAAAGCGCUCCCGAACCUCCCCACGAUCCUACGGCUCACGAUAUCGUACGCCCUCAUCUAUACCUUUUGCAUCAGCCUGAUCAAAAUGAGCGUUCUCUUCUUCUACAUUCGAGUUUUCGUCAACCCUUGUCUGCGACUUGCCACGAAGAUUAGCAUCGCCAAUGUCCUAGUGCUGUUCUUCCUCUGCCGCCCGUUCAAAAAGAACUACAUCCUCGACGCCCCUGGAGAAUGUGGAGAUCAACCUACUGCUUUUAUUAGCACUGGCGUGUACAAUAUCAUCACCGAUAUCGCAAUUCUUCUGCUUCCCAUUCCGACCAUUUGGGCGCUCAAGACGAAGAGGAACGUCAAGAUCGGGUUGACGGGCGUUUUCGCCGGUGGUUUAGUUGUCGCUGUUGUGCGGAUUAUUGCUCUCAAGCAUCUCGACCUCGUCAGACUGACGGAAACCAUGGUCUGGGUGGACUUCCUCUCCACGGCCGAGGUCAACCUGGGUAUACUCUGCGUGUGUCUCCCGAUGCUGGGGCCUGUCUUUCUCAAGCGAAAGGACGGGAUCAAGCCCGGCUUCUGUCCCAAAGAUCUCCGCUGCACUGCAGGAACGGGGUCGAAAUCGAAACGAUCCAGCGGGAGGAAGAGGACGCCUGAUUCGAUUGCUCUCGAAUCCAUAUUUGCACUCGAUACCGAAAGAAGUCUUGGGACGAAACUUUGCAUGACCAAGUACCACCACUCGAGCAGCACCGGAAGCUCAGCCCCCCUCAACCCAAAAUCGAAGCUGGGAGCGACAAACAUCUUGGAUAACCCAUUCAUCGUAUAA